AUGUCCUCUCCUUCCUCUUCGCCCUUGGCAUUCGGCUCCACCGCUGCCCCCUUCGGAUCCACCACCACUUCCUCCUCCUCCACCGCCGCCCCCGGCUUCACCUUCGGCUCAUCUCCUUUCUCCUCCUCCUCCGUCGCUAACCCUAGCUCUUCCGCUCCGGCUGCAUCUCCGUUCAACUUCGGCCUCACUGCUGCCUCCGCCGCCGUUAACCCUAGCCCCGCCCCUUCCACCUCUCCCUUCGGCUUCUCGAAUUCUUCCUCCGCGGCUCCAGCUCCGGCUACUUCUGCCCCUUCCUUUGGGUUCGGGUUGGCGACUCCCACUUCUUCUUCUGCCGCUCCUUCCCUCUCGUUUCCCUUCGCCUCAGCCACAUCCUCCGCCGCCCCCGCCACAGCCACCGCUCCGUCUAUCUUUGGCUCAGGUGCUACCUCUUCGCCAUCCCCUUUCUCAACAGCUUCUUCAUCCGCAAUUUCAGGAUCCUCACUGUUUGGUUCAGCCUCUUCCGCCCUCGGUACCGCUUCAACCUUGUUCGGCGCAGCUUCUGCUUCCGCUUCCGCGACUCCAUCGUCACUGUUUAGCGCGGCUUCAUCUGCGCCUGCAAGUUCCCCUGCCCUGCCCUUGUUUGGUGCUGGUGCGACUUCGUCUGCCCCAGUAUUUGGAGCAGCUGCAUCAGCUGGUUCGCCUCUAUUUGCGGCAGCUCCCGCAGCAUCAAGUUCUGCUUCGCCUCUAUUUGGGGCAGCUUCCGCAGCAUCAAGUUUUGCUUCGCCUCACUUUGGGGCAGGCUCGGCUGCAGCAAGUACUGCCCCAUCUUUGUUCGCGGCAGCUACCUCAAUACCGUCUCCGUUUUCGGCUCCCUCCUCCGCCGCAGCAAGUUCAGCUUCACCUCAAAUUGGAGGACUAUCAGCGGCCAGUGCUGCUUCCCCCCUAUUUGGAUCGUCUACUACUUCAGUCACCAACAUCAAUUCUAGCUUGUUUGGCUCGUCUACUCCAGCUACUGCUACCGGCUUCUCUGCCGCCUUUUCCUUCACCAAGAGCACUCCAGUCUCUACAGCCGCAGCAACUCCACCUGCAACAAAAGCAUCAUCUGAAAGCAGUUCAAGUUUCUCGUUCGGGACACCAGCUGCUGCAUCUUCUUCACAACCUUCUUUUGGGUUUGGCAAUGCGGCUUCAACUUCUCAAGUUUUCUCCACCACAACCACUGCCAAACCUACAUCUUCCUCUCCAUUGUUCUCCACAAUCACAACAACGACUGCAUCAACCACCGUAGGUGGCACGGCUGUGAGCUCCGCGGCUGCAGCUUCAGUGCCAUCUCUAUCUACCAGUAGCAGUAUUCCAUCUUCUUCGGCAGCUGCUGCUACUUCUGGGAUUACUCCAUCAACUGGAUUUGGAGUUUCUAGCACAGCGGCGUCGUCUGGAACUACUAGCCCCUUCACUGCAUUUUCUCUGCCUGGUGUCUCUACUUCAUCUUCAACAGCCCUAACAACUCCCAGCUCGACAACCACAACUGCCCCUACACAAUUGGCCCUUGUGCACUCCAGCAGUGGGACCAGUACUAGUGCUGCCACUACUGUAACAGCUACACCAAAGAUGCCUUCUGAGAUUACUGGGAAAACUGUUGAGGAGAUCAUCAAAGAGUGGAAUUCAGAGCUACAAGAGCGCACUGGAAAAUUUCGGAAGCAAGCCACUGCGAUAGCUGAGUGGGACAAAAGGAUCUUGCAAAACCGUGAUGCUCUUCUGAGGCUUGAGAUUGAAGUGGCAAAAGUGGUCGAGACUCAAGCCAGCUUGGAAAGACAAUUAGAGUUAAUUGAGACUCAUCAACAAGAGGUUGACAAGGCCUUGCAGAGCAUCGAAGAUGAAACUGAGCGUAUAUACAAGGACGAGCGCGGGCUGCUUCUCAGUGAUGAAGCUGCUUCUACAAGAGAUGCAAUGUACGAGCAAGCUGAGGUUGUAGAGAGGGAGCUGGAGCAGAUGACAGAACAGAUCAAGUCGGUUAUAGAGCACCUAAAUGCUAACCAGGGUGGGGAGCUUGAUCCGAUUGAUGGGAUGACUCCAUUGGAUGUUGUUGUUCGCAUCUUGAACAAUCAAUUAAGUUCCUUAAUGUGGAUUGACGAGAAGGCAGAAGAGUUCUCUUCCCGUAUCCAAAACAUUGCUUCACAAGGUGGUUCUGCAGCAGAUCGUGAACCAGUUGGUCCCAGGUUGUGGUUAUCUUAA